AUGCAGCCGCUCUCUGUGUGCAUGCUGGUGCUUGCACUGCUGCUCAUCUCCUCCGAAGCUUCUGGAAAGCCCCACUCCCUGCUGCAGAACGCACCCAGGGGACAAGGGGCCAGUAGAGAGCUGGAACCACAGUGGCAAGAAGGACUAGGCCGAGCCAGCCACCACCACGUACAGCAGGGCUCCCCACACCUGGUGGCAGAACUGGCCAAGAAGCAGGCACCUUGGCAGGAGGAGGAGGAGGAGGCCUAUGGAUGGAUGGAUUUUGGCCGACGCAGCGCUGAGAACAGUGACCCACAGCCCUAG